UUCCUCGCCCGCUGGUUUUCGUUUGCUUGCGCCUCUGAUUCCCAAAGCGGUCAGAUCUAAGGGAGAGAAAGAAGAAGAUCCAAGGGGACAUGGGUAGCUCUGGAAUCUCAUGGGAAUUGAAAGACCACCCCAAGCUUCCCAAGGGGAAAACCAUCGCUUUGAUUGUCUUGGACGGAUGGGGCGAGGCUAAGGCCAAUGAGUACAACGCUAUUCACGUUGCUGAAACUCCCACCAUGGAUUCUCUCAAACAGGGUAAUCCGGAUACAUGGAGGUUGAUCAAGGCGCACGGUAAUGCAGUGGGGCUUCCCACAGAAGAUGACAUGGGCAAUAGCGAGGUUGGCCACAAUGCCCUUGGUGCCGGAAGGAUCUUUGCCCAGGGUGCAAAGCUUGUUGAUUUGGCCCUUGCUUCUGGAAAAAUCUAUGAUGGAGAAGGUUUCAAUUUCAUUAAACAAAGCUUUGAAGCUGGAACUCUGCAUUUAAUUGGGCUAUUGAGUGAUGGAGGUGUCCACUCCAGGCUCGAUCAAUUGCUGUUGUUGGUGAAAGGGGCUGCGGAGCGUGGUGCCAAAAGGAUUCGUGUCCACGCAUUAACGGAUGGGCGUGAUGUUCUUGAUGGUUCAAGUGUAGGAUUUAUGGAAACUCUUGAGAAUGAUCUUGCAAAAUUACGCGGAAAAGGUAUUGAUGCCCAGGUUGCAUCAGGCGGAGGUCGCAUGUAUGUGACAAUGGAUCGAUAUGAGAAUGAUUGGGAUGUUGUAAAACGAGGUUGGGAUGCCCAAGUUCUUGGUGAAGCUCCAAACAAGUUUACAAAUGCUCUUGAAGCAGUCAAGAAGCUGAGGGAGGUUCCCGGUGCAAAUGAUCAGUACUUGCAACCAUUUGUCAUUGUUGAUGAAAAUGGGAAGCCUGUUGGGCCCAUCAUAGAUGGUGAUGCUGUCGUAACCAUCAACUUCCGGGCAGAUCGGAUGGUUAUGCUAGCAAAGGCCCUUGAAUAUGAAAAUUUUGAUAAAUUUGAUCGUGUUCGGUUCCCUAAAAUCAGGUAUGCUGGGAUGCUGCAAUAUGAUGGGGAGUUGAAGCUUCCAAGCCAUUAUCUUGUUUCUCCUCCUGAAAUUGACAGAACUUCUGGGGAAUACCUUGUGCGUAAUGGCGUUCGUACUUUUGCUUGUAGUGAAACAGUUAAAUUUGGACAUGUCACUUUUUUCUGGAACGGGAAUCGGUCUGGAUAUUUUAAUGCUGAUUUGGAAGAAUACGUUGAGAUUCCAAGUGAUGUUGGGAUAACAUUCAAUGUCCAGCCUAAAAUGAAGGCAACAGAGAUUGGUGAAAAGGCUAGAGAUGCUAUUCUUAGCCGCAAAUUUGACCAGGUACGUGUUAACAUUCCAAAUGGUGACAUGGUGGGGCAUACUGGUGACAUUAAGGCAACUAUUGAAGCUUGCAAGUCUGCCGAUCAAGCUGUCAAGAUGAUAAUUGAUGCAAUAGAACAAGUUGGUGGAAUUUAUGUUGUAACUGCAGAUCAUGGAAAUGCAGAAGACAUGGUGAAGAGGAACAAGAAGGGGGAGCCACUUCUUGACAAGAAUGGAAACAUCCAGAUCCUCACUUCUCACACUUGUGAACCGGUACCUAUCGCGAUGGGUGGGCCCGGGUUGAGCAAAGGAGUGAGAUUUCGGCGAGAUGUCCCAACAGGUGGUCUUGCUAAUGUCGCUGCAACGGUUAUGAAUCUGCACGGAUUUGAAGCGCCAGAUGACUAUGAGUGCACAUUGAUUGAGGUGGUUGACAACUAAAGAUGAAAUUGUUUUUUUCACACAUUGUAUGUUGUUGAUUUGUAAAACCUUUUUGGGGGGCUUUGUGGAAAGCAUUUAGCACAAACAUACGGAACCGCGGUUUUUGUCUCAGAGAAUGGGUUUCCAACCCUUCUUCAUGGUUUUGGAUGUAGUUGUCACUUGACAAUGAGUUUUUUUAUUAAUACGCAGUAAUAAUAAUUACUCCACCCU